CUUCCGGCGGGGCGCGCCGCGGGGCUUCCGGGAGGAUGUCCUCUUCGCCCGCCGCGCCGCCGACGCCCGUCCAGAUCCGCGAGGCCAACGCCCACCUGGCGGCGCUGCACGGGCGCGUGGCCGAGCUGGAGCGGCGCCUGGCGGCGGCGGAGCGCACCGUGCGCGGCCAGGCCGAGAGCCUCAUCCGCAAGGACCAGGAGAUGCGCCGCGCCCUGCGCAGCCUGCGCGAGGGGAAGGACCGGGAAAUUGCCACAUUGGAAGAGAAGCUGCUCUCCUCUGAGGAGAAUGCGCAGAAGCUCCUUGGCCUGCUCCAAGAAAAAGAUGCUUUAAUUGUGCAGCUGAAGCACCGUAGUCACCUGCUGACCAAAAUCUGCCGCAGCCGGCCUGUCCUGGACAAUCUGUUGGCAUACAUGGCAGAAGGGGAGCAGCUAAGUCCUCUCCCCGGAACCCAGAGCGAGGGCAGCUCUCUGGAUUGCGGCCUCUUUCUAGAGACAAAUUGUACCCUCGGCUUGGACACCAAAGACUUCUCUCUGUGUGGUGAUGAUGAUCAGGAUCCAGGCAAGAGUUUCUUUGGGACAACUGUGUGAACAGACCCCAGACUUUGGGACUCUUCAGGUGCCGGAAUGUACAAGCUCUGAAGUGAGGUUCCAAAAGAAUGCCUUGAGAUCUGAGAACUCUGCCCCAGCAGGCUUGAAGACCUGUUGCACUGACAUGUCUUUCAGGUAUACUUGGGAGUGAGCAGUGCCCCAUCCUGGACCCCCUUCCCCAGUUGGGUCUGGGAUACCAGAGCCUGUAGAAGAUGGAUUCCCCCAUCCUGGACGCAAGGCAGGUGAUGGGGGGUGCUGGCUCACCCCAAACAGCCACUAGCAUUGCUUUAAGAAGUUUUCUGCCUCUUGUGGGGCAGCAUUUGCCAGUUCCCUUGUGAGCUUGGUAACUGAGGGCUUUGCACCCUGUCCUAGAUAGGAUUGAUAAUCCAUCGAUGGCAUGUUUGGGACAUCUUGGGUGCCCUUUGCCCACUUUCCUUGUUGCGCAAUGCUGUCCUCAGAGUGUUCUUUUCUGAACAGACCAGAAGGGGGGAAAUGCGUCUCUCCCCCAGUGCUCUGACCAUUGGUGGGUUUUUUGGGAUGGGGGAGGGUGAACACUCUGCUUCUGAAUUGGGUGCUCUUCCCUUGGGCCAAAGAAGGAAAUGCAACAAUCUCUACGUUUGUCCAAGUGCCCUUUUGCGCUUCCGUGCCUUGCAUCUCCUCCGUUAGUUUUGGUAUCUGCCAGAACCCUGAAGUCACUUCUUCCCUCACCCUUGGAGGCAGCCGAACUGAGGCUGAGUAGCCAUCUUCAAUAUUUUUUAAUGGGACAGAUUCUCCUUGUUUUUACAAAGCUCACAAUGGGAAUCAAGGCAUUUCUAUAAAUAUGGAUGUAAUUUCCUCAUCACUCAGGCCAUAUGCUAUAAAAGGCGCCAUCCAUUUUUCUCCCCUUAACUGCCUCCAGCUCCCUCAAAUCUGUGUGCCUAAAGUACCACAGGCUGCUAGAGGUUUGUAGACAAGAGCCAGCAGCUUUGAUGUCUUUGCAAAGCAGGCCGGGGGUCCCUCCCAUUUCUAGCAUUCUUUGUAUGGAAGCACCUUGAGGCAGAGCAGAUCAAGGCAAUCAGGCAGAAUAACGCAAGAGUCUUCUGGCUCCUUAAAGACUAACUAGUUUCUUUUGGUAGAAGUUUUUGUGGGGCUAACCCAGCAGUGUAGAGCAUCAUGGGGCUACAUUUCGAAAUCCUAAAUGGGUCUAUUGUGAGCUAAGAGUCUAUCAUGUCUGAGGAUGGUGUAUAGAAUCCUAUGGGUCUACUCUUGUGGAAGCAGCCAAUAAUCCUGCACCUAACAAUGGUUUUCACCUUCCAGUCCUACUUGACUGGUUCUUCUGAUGCUGGAGUCUUUGAUUUCCAAAGGAUCCACUUCUUGUAUCAUCCCCUUUCUCCAAGCUGUUUUCACUGCAGCUCUUUUUGUUCUCUGACUAUGUUUGGUCACCAAAUUAAGGAAGUGCAGAUCAUAAGGAGAUGUGAUCCCAAGUGUCCUUACUGUAAGCAAGCCCCGUUGUGGGAAUGAAUCCCAUUUAAGACCUUUAAUGGGCCAUUUCCACAAAAUGACUGUUACUUUGGUAACAUUUCCAAGUUCCUCUUUUGCUUCGCCUGUCCUACAGAAGCAGCCACUAACUUUAAAGUGCCUACAUCCUACUUGGAUUUUGUUACAUGGUGUACUUGGUUUAAUUUUUCCUUGUUGGAUGCAGAAUAAACAUAUUUUGGAAUAUU